AUGUGGAUGACACAAGUCUUGCCCACGCUCCUGAACCAAACCGGCGCUUCUCAGCUUGUCGCCGUCAUCGACGAUGGCAGCGAGUUCAAACAACCCCAAGUUGUCGCUCUCGUGGCUCCUACACCCUCGCCCCAACAGCUUGCACAGCGCGCCCGGAUACUCUCCCGCUGCGAGUACCUCUCCACUCCCGCUGGCCCACCUUCCGAUUUCGCACAGCGUACACGCUCGGAUCGCUUCGUACCCGGUACACGCCCUGUACUUCUCCGCAACGCGCGCAUCUGGACCGGCGGGAAUGACGGGACAGAGGUUCUCGAAGGAGACGUAUAUCUCGAGGACGGGAUCGUCAAAGCCGUCGGAAGUGUAUCCCAUGAACUUCUGGAUGGUAACCUGAACGUGCAAGUGCUCGACGUGAACGGAUCGUGGGUCACACCAGGGAUCGUAGACCUGCAUUCGCACAUUGGAGUCAACAGUGCGCCCGAUCUCAACGGUGCAGACGAUACAAACUCCUUCACAGCGCCCAUUCUCCCGUGGCUGCGCGCCUCGGACGGUCUCAACACACACGACGCGUCCUAUGCCCUCGUGCGCUCCGGCGGCGUCACGACUGCGCAAGUUUUACCAGGUAGUGCGGACAACAUCGGCGGACAGGCGAUCGUGGUGAAGCUGCGCGAUACGUUGGAAAGGACUCCGACGAGUAUGAUGGUCGAGCCGCCGUGGGAGCUGGGUAAUGGGACGAAGGUCGGGUAUGAUUCGAGUAAGGGAGGGGUGAGGCCGAGGUGGAGGCAUAUGAAACACGCGUGCGGUGAAAACCCAUCAAACACCUACGGCCAAACUCGCAUGGACUCUGCCUGGCUCUUCCGCCAAGCAUACGACACCGCGCGCAAGCUCAGAGACUCGCAGGAUGCGUUCUGCACGAAGGCACGGGCCGGGAGAUGGGAUGAGCUCGAUCAGGAGGCAGGUGUGCCGGAGGAUCUUCAGUGGGAGGCGCUAGCGGAUGUACUGAGAGGAAAGGUCAAGCUCUCUGUGCACUGCUACGAGGCCGUUGACUUGGAUAUGAUCGUUCGGCUCUCGCACGAAUUUCAAUUUCCCGUCGCAUCCUUCCACCACGCCGGCGAAACUUAUCUUGUCCCCGACCUCCUCAAAAAAACAUUCGGCGGCCCACCCACAAUAGCCCUCUUCGCCUCCAACGCCCGCAAAAAGCGCGAAGCCUACCGCGCCUCCCCCUUCGCCCCCGCCCUCCUCUCCUCGCCCCCACAUAGCAUCCCCGUCGCGAUGAAAUCCGACCACCCCGUCACCAACGCGCGCUACCUCCCCGCCGAGGCCGCAUACGCGCACUUCUGGGGCCUCGGCGCCGCGCGUGCGCUCAGCGCGCUGACGACCGUUCCGGCGGACGCGCUGGGGAUGGGACAUAGGCUGGGAAGGGUCAGGGUGGGGUGGGAUGCGGAUGUGGUGGUGUGGGAUCGGCAUCCGCUCGAGCUGGGGGCGGUGCCGAGGCAGGUGUUUGUGGAUGGGGUUGCGCAGCUUGCUUCGACUGGGGCGAAUGGGGCGGGGGGAGCAAGCAAGAGCGGGGACGAGGUGGGCUUGGUUGUUCCGCUGAAGAGUGCGGAGUUCCAGGAUGCGCCGCGGGCGCCUGAUUUCGGUGUUGAGAUGGCGAGGACGAUCGAGUUUGAGGGGUUGCCGCCGCUGGAGCCGAGGCGUGUGGAAGGGAGGGUGGUGUUCGCGAACGUGUCUGAGGUGUGGGUACGGGAUCGGCGCCAGACUCCUGGAGGAGUCACGCGUGUCGGUACUGGCAUGCAGGAGCUCGCUGGAGGCGAAGAAACAGACGGGCCGUUUAGCGUUGAAGUCUACGACGGACAGAUCGCCCGAAUCCACCUCUCAUCUACCGGUCACUCUCAACCCAUAGCGUCAGACGAAGUCGUCGAUCUCCAGGGUGGCGUCCUUGUCCCCGGCCUCACGACGUUCGGCACCCGCCUCGGGCUCUCCGAAAUCAAGCUGGAGCCGAGCACGAACGACGGGUCCGUGUUCAACCCCCUCGACGGCGAUAUACCAGCCAUCGUUGGCAAGGAGCCAGCGAGAGCGGUCGAUGGGCUGAUGUUCGGCGGACGCAACAUGCUGCUCGCAUACCGCAACGGCGUGACAUCUGGCGUCGCCGCCCCCGGUGGAUCUUUCGUCCAGGGUACACCAGCGACGUUCCUCCUCGGCGCACCGCAUGCGCUCGCGGGCGCUGUCAUUGAAGCGGACAGCGCGUUGCAUGUGACGCUGGGCAUGGGUGCCAAGGCGAGCGUGAGCACGCAGAUCGCUGCGUUGCGCGCGAUGCUGUUUGAUGAGCGCGCGGCUGAGGGCGGGGUUGUGCGGCGGGUCCGGAAGGGAGACGCGACGCUCGUGAUAACAGUUGACACGGCCGACAUCAUGGCUACGCUCAUCCAGCUCAAGUCGUCCCUCGAAGAGCGCCUCGACAGCAAAGUGAAGAUGACGUUCGCAGGCGCGCUUGAGGCGCACCUCCUCGCCGCCGAGAUCGCGCACGCGGGUAUAGGCGUUGUGCUGACGAGGGCGAAGCCAUUCCCGGGCGUAUGGGGCCAGCGCAGGAUCCUCGAGGGUCCGCCUGUCACGCCAAAGUCCGCGCUGGAGGUGCUCCUUGGAGCGGGCGUAGAUGUCGCGCUCGGUGUGGUGGACGAGUUUAACGCGCAGAACACGCGGUUCGAGAUCGGAUGGGAACUAAAUCAGCCCGACUCGACGCUCACAUCCUCCCUCGCGCUCGAGCUGGGCACGACGCGUCUUGAGCGCGUGCUCGGUGUGAAGGCGGCUAUGCCGCAGGAGCUGGUGGCGUACAAGGGCGGGACGCCGUGGGGAUUCGAGAGUAAGGUCGUGGGGGUGGUGAGUCAGAGGAUGGGAAGGGUUGAUUUGUUUGAGUAG